AUGGAUCGCCAACAGUCUACGCAGUCUAUGCAAACAUACAAAAUUCGUAAGAUAGAAGAAUCAGUGCAAAAAAGCUGUACUCAAGAAGUUGUUAAGAUCAACCUUCCUGGUGGCCAACUCAGUAAAGUUGAGGUAUACGAAGCAAUACACGCCAAAUAUGAUGCCGAAAUAAUUGGAGAUGACCUAUUUAUAAGAAUUGACGGCGGAUUGAAGGCAGAUAUCCAUUUUCAACUAGUCUACUCUUUUAGGACGCAAAAUCCAAGCUUCCAUGCAAGUCUUAAUACAAUAUGUAUAGUUAGUGGACAUCAGCUUCGCCCAGAUGUUGGUGUAUGGUUUCAAAAGCCAACAUACCUACAAAGAAAAUCGCCUAUAUCUUCUCGGUGCCCACCUCCUAAUGUUUGGGCUGAGGUGUUUUUUAAUCGUAGUCCAGAUCGUUCCAAUGCUAUAAAUAAGAUCGAUCUUAUCCAUAGAGACUACCCCCAAAUUGAGUUUUUUGGGAUCGCUCUCUCUUAUUUUGCAACACCUUUUCAUGCACCUCCAAACCAAAGGCCAACUAAUACCACUCACGCGAGCAUUGCACCGGCACGUCCCAGAGCACCUUAUACGAUGCAUUGGGAUGUCAACCAUAACCCGAUCUAUUACGAAAUGGACUGGGACCUUCACGUUACGCUUAGAUGUGGUUUGAUUGUCGACUUUAAUACAGUGCUUGAUGAAUUGGCUUAA